CCUCCCUUGGUAUACAGAAAAAAUCUUGACCUUCAUUGCCAUAUUAGUCAUUAUCCCAGGAAAAAUCCUUUUUUUUUUCAUAUAGCACUUUUCUGAGAGACAGUCAAAUUGAGCCUGAAUUGUUAAAAAAACCUGAACCGAGACCUUAUAUUGUAAACUUACUAGUAUAGUUGUAUGUCAUUAAGUUGUGAGACACAGAGGUUACAAGUACUGACAUCAAAAGAUCUUCAGGCACUAAACAGACCAACCAUAUGAUAACUAUCAAGUUACAAGAGAUAGAAACAAAACAAAUGGUUUAUGUGUAUAACAUAUUUGUUACAGUUGACCCAGAAGCUUCACGUUCAACAUCUAAAAACCAACAUCUAGAAACCAACAGUAACAUCUAUGUCAGCGCAGCAAGACUGUGAAAACAAUAUUUCAUACCAAGAUGGCCGCAGCAGUAGCUGACGUCCACUGCAUAGUAACCCAGGCCAGACAGGAAAGGCACCUGAUUCUGAACUUGAACUACAGUCACCUGAGCACCCUCCCUCCAGAGCUGGUUCAGGGAGAAGCCUUGGUCUUCCUGGAGAGACUGUUUGUGAAGAGGAACGUCCUGGUCUCACUGCCAUUCAACAUUGCUGAGACGUUACCAAAUCUAGUUGAGUUGUAUUUACACUCCAACAACCUCGUAGCACUACCUGAUGAAAUAGGAAACUUGCUGAGAUUGAAGUCCUUGGAUGUCAGCUGUAACAACCUGCAGGUGCUGACUCCAGCUGUAGGCAGGCUGCAGGUGCUCCAGACGCUCCACCUGGCCAACAACGACAUCUCGGAGCUUCCAUCAGAACUCGGGCAGCUGAAGAAGCUGCUGACUCUGGAUGUGAUGUUGAACCGUCUGACGGCCCUCCCCAGGGAGCUGUGUGGGUGUGAGGCGUUGCAGUGUCUCAUGGUGGACAGGAACAGGCUCCUCAGUCUGCCCAGAGAGCUGGUUCUGUUGCAGAGACUGAGUGAAUUGUCAGCUGCCAGGAAUCAGCUCACAUAUCUUCCUGCAGACUUGGGCUGCACCGACUCUCUACAGUACGUGUACGUGGACAAAAAUGCUGACCUCCGGACCAUUCCUGUCAACCUCUGGCUGAAAGUAGUGGGCUGCAAUGGGUGUGGCUUGAAGAGACUAUCUGAAGAAGACGACAAGACUGAACAUAGGAACUCCUUCCAGUAUGGGAAGCGCACUAGUGUGUUCUUCCCUCCUGAGAUCAGGAAGGUUCGAGAUGCCACUGACCCCUGCCACGUAUCCUCAUUGUUAGAACUGUCCCUGAGGGUAGUUCACAUCAACCAUAGGCAAGGUGUGGUGGUCAGCAAAAAGGACCUGCCUCCUGACCUUUAUGGCCUGGUCACCCUGCCCAGUGGGCACUGCUCCCAGUGCUGUCGGCCUUUCUUCACACAGAUGUACGCCAAGUUUUAUCCUGUCAGAGAACUGGACGCAGAAAACAACCUUCACGCUGGCAGUGAGUUGUUUUUCCUUGCGUCGUGUUGUUCAAAAACAUGCCUACUUUCUUAUUCUCUACCCGUCAGGUUUAUUUGACUAUCAUAUAGUUUAUAUAGGCCGAGGAAUGAUAUUAUAGUUUUACACAUGUUUCACACUUAACAAUUCUGUGGAAGUCAUAAUUACAUUUUAUAGUGAUUGUAAGUUAAACUGAUUAUUACAUCUUAACUGUCCAUCAAUGUUGCCAAAGGUGUUUAAAUUUUUACUCUUAAUUUGCAACAUUUUGUCUUACUGUAUAGUUCCAAGCGUAUUGGAGAAUGUACUUGUUGUAAUGUAUAGACUUAAAAAUCCUUACAGCAACUAAAUUACUUAAAUAGUGCUGCCAUGUUGGAUGUCUUUGCAGUUGAAGUUUUUCUGAAAAUGACUUACUUGGCUACUAUUAUUAUUAACUAAAAAGUCAAGUCAAGUCAAAGCCUUUAUUUUAAGCUUGAUUUCUUAAUCAACAAUGUAAAUGUUAUGGUAUGUCCUCAGAAAACAUACAGUCAACUUUGGGAUAAAAAGAUCAUGUAUGACAGAGUCAUUUUGUACCAAGUAUUUAAAAUUGUUGCAUCUUAUACAACUAACAGUCCUCUUCAACAAAGUGAUGCAUUUCUCCUGCAUCACUCAUUAGUGUGAUAUCAGAUAGAGACUAUUAGGUUGAAAACCAAGUGCCCAAGGCUACCUCUUUGUACUGUCAAAUAAGCCAAUUAUAGGAUUGCUAUGUACCCUUUGGCUAGCUCUUCCAGGAAGCUGGAAUUUAUUUACCAAUUGCUGCCAAUUAUACAACAUGCUGCUCCCAAGGAAAUUAGUUUUGCUUUCGAUCUGGUUCUUCAUGAUUCUUUUUUUUUCGGGCAGAAUAGAUUUGCCUCAAUUUGUAGAUGAAAGGAACCUUGCUUGCUGCAGCCGUAUUUACAGAGUGUGCAAUUUGGUACCAAACAAGAAGCCUGCAGACAGGUCUAUAUUUUCUUCGACAGUAUUCUUUAAUUUCCAUAGAUAUAAAUAAAUUGAUAAAUAAAGAAAUAUAUAUACGUGUGUGUGUGUAUGUAUGUAACAUAUACAUAAAUUGAUUGUCUCGAAAAGUUUCCAUUUGUUGUCACAUGAUUAUGUAAUUAUGUGUUCUACAAUAAAAUGAUACAGUUUUCAUCAGCAA